UACAUUUCUUCAAUCAGCUCAGAAACUGUAAGAGACACAAGUGUGAAAGACUUUGGAAGUGCCCAGAUAUAGUCAAGUCUGUUUCUUCUUGAGCAAACGAGGCAAACGGUUUUGUUUCUCUUUUCCUGGGAUCUUAUCUGUUUAACUAAUUACUAUCAUCAUGAAAGCGCUAACUGCCUCGAUGGAGUCGGGGUUUUUUUGAGACGUGAACUGGAGCCAACAGCUGUAUUACCCAGAGACUACAUGAACAACCAGUUCUGCUGCUAUUAGAUAUUAGAUUAAUUGCUUCGUAGACUUACGGUGGGGUUGUAUGGAGAGUUUGGGGCAGCAGAUCAACAGAAGCGACCUGGGCAAAAUGAAUGUUGCAGAUGAUGUUUUGUUUAAAUGUUUAAUUCCCAUCCUGGAUGGGCUGAUUCUGUUGACUGGCCUCAUAGGGCAAACUCUGAUUAUCACCAUUCUCACUGGGAGGAGGAAGAGGAGGAAACAAAGUCAACCCCCGCAUGGUACAGACAUCCUGCUUCUGGCUCUGAGUGCUGCUGACCUGCUGCUGUUACUUUGCCUGCCCUUCCACACCUCUGCUAUCGCCCUGGGCUUCUGGCCUUUUGGCAGGUUCUUGUGCAAAGCCAUCAGCUUCUUGGGCGUGGCCUGCUCAGCUGCCUCCGUAUUUACCAUGGCAGCUUUGGCUGUGACUCGUUACCUUACAGUGGUACACCCCACCUGGGCCUUCCGUUUGAGAAUGCACAGACGCAUUAAAUUGAUAGUAGUUCUGCUCUGGGUCCCUGCCUCAGCUUUGGCAGCACCACAAUUUGCUUUUCGCACAAUCGCCGUGUCCAGUGUUGUACAUUGCUUUGCCUUCCUGUCUGACUUCAGCCAGCUGGUCUACAGCAUCGCCCUCUUCCUGUUCGGCUUUGCUCUUCCGCUAGGCAUCAUUAUAUCAAUGUAUGGAAAGAUUUACUGUUUUCUUCGACAUACACGGCAGUUGGGGAAUGCCCCCCAGCUAGAACGCUACCAGAGACAAGUCACUCACACUUCAGCUCUACUGGUCCUCCUCUUCACCAUCCUGUGGCUGCCCUCCUAUGCCCUCAUGUUCUCCUUAGUUGGAGGAAGUCUAAGAGGCUCACCUGGCUACAACACAUUUGCCAUCGUGGCCAGGCUGCUGGCAUCCUCAGUGGCUGUGGUAAACCCCAUACUGUACGGCUUCAUGUCUCAGAAGUUUAGACGAGACCUACAAGAGCUUGGAAGAAGGCACUGGGCACGGUGCAGAAACUGUCUGAUUAGUUGCACUUAUGCAAUCGGCAGAGACAUGGUACGGCCUUUUGAGGAUGACACAACCUCAGAGAGAGGCCAAAACUGACCCUUUUAGAAGGAGA